AUGGGACUUCCUAUUGAAACGUUCGAAUUUUCAAACCAUAUUUUAGAAAAUCGUAUCCACUCAUAUAAUAAUCACCAUCCUCCUCAUAUUUUCAAAUCAUUAUUAUCUUCAAAUAAUGAUUUGGUUUCUUCACAUUAUCCAAUUCUAAAUAAUCAAAUCAAACAAGAACUCAUACAUGUUUCUACUUCGAGGUUAGCAACAACAACAACACUAUCCAGAUCGAGAAAUGUCAAUGCUAAUAACUGGAAAUUGAAUUUAAAGGAUUCUGGUACACUAUCAAAUGAAGGUAAUAUGAUCAAGAAUACCAUCUCAAAUGAUGGAAGAAUCUUGUACAAUAAAGAAACGUUACAAGUGUCUUUAACUUGUGAUCGUUCAAUAGAUUCAAUUUUUGAAUUCACAUUACCUCAUGGAUUUCAUUCCAUCGAAUGUCAGUUUAACAAAGAUUUUAAUUUUAAUGAAAUAGAAGGUACUUGUUUCCAAAUUAUUUUGAUUAAUCCAUCUCAAAUUUCAAUCUUAAAUUAUGAUUUCCAUUGUGAAAUUAUUAAUCAACAUACAUUAAAAUUUAACUCAGAUUUAAUCGAUACUUGGUUCGAUCUUUUCCCACAUUUUAUUAUAUCCACUGAUUCAAAGGAUAAUAUUCUAUUUACAAAGAUCUCAAAUUCAAUUACUUUUAAAUUACACGCUGAUUUAAAUUUUAAAAACUCACCACUAAGAGAUUUUAUUUUCCCACAUAUUUUCUGUUCCACUGAAGAAAAUGAAAUUAUUGCUCUAAACUUAAUAGAUCAGACAAAAUUCAAUUAUAAUAUUUCAUCAAUAUUAAAUUCAAAUGAAAAAUUAACCAAAAUAUACUCAAAUGACAUUUUUGAAACUAAUCAAAAGAUUUUCCAAAUGAAUUUGAUCAAUGGGGCCAUAUCUUCAUAUUCAAUCCUUUUCAAUAAGACCUCAAAAACGUCCCUGGUCAAUAUUAUCCCAAAUGAUAGGAUGAUAAUAGUGGAAAAGCAUCUAUAUUCAAUAGUAUGCUCCAUUUACAAAUUUAAUAACAUGACCUGGUACUUCAAUGGAUUCUAUGAGCUAUCAAACACGCUCCACAGAUCCUUCAUCCUCAGCAAUCUCUACUACACCGACAACACAAUCACCAUUUCAAAUAAUAAUCAAUUCUAUACUUUUGAACUCUCUAAUAGAUAA